UAGUUCAACGCGUUGUCAACUGUAAAUUUAAUCAAUAUUUAGUGUGUAAAUAUGGGGAUAUUUGGUAAUUCUUCACCUUUCGACGCGGACGUAGAGAAGGCGACAUGCGAAAACAAUACAAAUGAAGAAUGGGGUCUGAUUCUGGAGAUCUGCGACAGAGCAGGCGCAUCGCCGCAAGCGGCGCGGGACUGCCUGCGCGCUGUACUGCGUCGCCUGGCACACCCUGAUCCGCACGUGCAAGUCCACGCUGCUACGUUGUUGGACGCUUGUGUCGCUAACUGCGGACGCAUUUUUCACCUUGAGGUGGCAUCUCGCGAGUUCGAAACUGAAUACCGUCGGUUGAUAUCGCGCGCGCAACCGGCUAUCGCGGCACGAUUGCGUUCUUUACUUCGCAAAUGGGCGGAUGGGGAGUUCCGCUCAGAUCCUCAGCUGGACCUUAUUCCGGCUCUGGCGAAACAGCUGCGCGCUGAGCAAGCAGACGGGGCUGGUGCGCCUUCACAGAGCGCCAAUGCUUCCACCACAUCCGCUGCUGCCGCGGCCGCGGCCGCGCAGAAGGAACAGGAAGACCUAGCUCGCGCGAUCGCCCUGUCCCUGAAAGAGUCUAAUGCUACUGCGGCACCGGCGUCGUCGACGCUGUACCCGCGCGUGGACACGGAGGCCAUCCCCGCGCAACCCGCACAGACCCCGCGCAAAGUACGCGCUUUGUACGACUUUGAAGCCGCUGAGGACAAUGAACUUACAUUUAUGGCUGGCGAAAUGGUUCACGUGACGGACUCUAGCGACCCAAACUGGUGGAAGGGUUACAACGAGCGUGGGGAGGGCCUCUUUCCUGCCAACUUCGUCACCUUCGAUCUCAGCGAGCCCGCACCCAAAGUGGAGACCCGCGGCCCGAAGAGCGUGCAGUUCGCUGAGAGCACAAGCGGGCUGAGCGCGCCCGUCGAGGACGCGCCCGUCGACAUCGACGAACAGGCCAUGGACGCCGCCCUGGCUUUGCUGCACGAGGCCGACGUCGAAGCCAGGAGCGACGAAUCAGCUCUGGUGGCACUGGAGUCGCGCGUGCUGCGAAUGGGCCCCCUCGUGGACGCGGCACUGGAACGUGCAGACACGAGACACGCGCGCCUUACGCAGCUGUCCGCCGAGCUUGUUCGGGCCCUCAACCUGUACCACGAGCUCAUGCGUGACCCUAAACCGAUACACCAAGGCGUACACGGCGCUCACAUGCACGCGGCGCCGUUCAUGGCGGGUGCGCCCGCGCCGCCGCCUCCGCCGCCGCAGCCCUUCGCGCCGCCGCCCGGCGCGCCGCCGCCCAGGUGCUGAUCGCCCGGCGCCGAACAUCUCCGCAGUCGGCUGGUGUCGUUUGUAAAUAAUAGUUAUGCUGAGUCACGCUAGGGUAUCCAUUUUUUUUAUUAAAUUGCAAAUAUCCGAUAUAUGCAGGUAAAUUUUUGCCCUCUUUUGUUUGCUAAUAGGUAAAUAGAAACAGGUCAGCCUUAAAAUUAUCCUUAAACUAGUUUAAACAUAUUGUCAGAGCGUUGCCGACAAUCAACCUACUUAUUGGAAUUGAAGGUGCAUUUUCAAUAUUACUUUUAGAUGACCUUCAAUAUCAAUAAAAUGUAC